AUGUUGUCUUCUACAACACUAGCCUAUUGCUUCGUCUGGGCAUCUCUGACCCAACAUAUCGUAGCAGGGGGCUCAAAUGAAUAUGACUCUUGGGGACACUCUUACGGAGACUAUCAGAACGGGUGGAACUCUCGCUCCUCUUCGACUUGGCAGAGAUCUACGUCUCGAACGAAGGCUGCCAGUCCGGUGACCUCCGCCACUAGCGGUCUCACUGUUUCUUCGACCACCCAUGGAAAAUCUUCGUCUGACUGGCAAGAUACAUCAUCCUCUUUCAGGUCAACUGCCACCACUGUCACUGCCAGCCUCUCCAGUGUCGAAUCGACCACAACAUGUUCAUCUAUCGCUACCUCAGUGCCUUAUCCUGCUACUAACUCAACCGUCUCUGGCACCUCAGCAUCUCCUUCCAAAACAGGCACGGCUCUCACCGGUGAUGCUUCCUCUACCUCUGGCAAUACCGUGACGUACGAUUGGAAUAUUGGGUGGGUGAUUGCCGCACCAGAUGGAGUUGCUCGUCCUGUCAUCGGCGUCAAUGGUCAAUGGCCAUGUCCAUCCAUCGAUGUCAUGCAAGGUGAUCGUGUGGUUGUCAACGUCUACAAUGGCCUAGGCAAUGAAAGCACUUCCCUCCACUGGCACGGCAUCCACCAGAGAGGCACGAAUCAUAUGGAUGGCGCCACUGGAACGACCCAAUGUCCCAUAGCUCCAGGCCAAAGCUUCAGAUAUGAGUGGAUUGCCGACCAGGCAGGCACUUACUGGUGGCACUCUCACAAUAUGGGUCAAUACCCUGAUGGCCUCUGGGGACCACUCAUUGUUCGCGACCCCAACCCACCCUACCAGUAUGACGAAGAACUCAUCAUCACCCUCUCUGACUGGUACAACGAUCAGAUGCCUUACAUAAUUCAUCAGUACCAGUCUACUGCUGGCGAGGCUGAAGAUGGUACCCCUAAUCCAGUAGGUGGAGCUUUGAUCAACUCUGCAAAGAAUGUCUCGAUCCAUGUCAAGCCUAGCACGACAUAUCUGGUCCGUAUCAUCUGCCCUGCUGCUUUCACCGGUCAUGGCUGGGUCUUUGAUGGUCACAAUCAAACCACUGUGGAAGUCGAUGGUGUGUACACUGUACCCGUCGUUGCUACUGCUGGCGGUAAGAAUGUUCGAAUCGCUCCUGGACAGAGACAAUCGUUCUUGAUGAGAACCAAAGACACCACGGACAAGAAUUACGCCAUUCUUGAUUUCCAGGAUCCCAAUAUGCUUUUCAUCAAUAAGGGUCUCACACCCGACCCUGUCUAUCCACUCAACGCUACUGCCUGGUUGGUUUACAACACGAGCGCAGAUUAUCCACCUCCACCAGUCCUCUACAACCUUGGAAAUAAUGAUUUCUUUGACGACGUCAACUACGUUCCCUUGGACAGAGAACCUCUUCUUGGACCAGUUGACCGACAGUUGGUCAUCGACAUGUCCAUGGAGAAUAUUACUGGCAUCUCCAGGUAUAUCUUGAACGGACACACAUUCAUUGGUGCCAAGGUGCCUACCCUUUACUCAUCGCUCACUGUCAAUGAGACUGAAGUGUCAAAUCCAACAAUCUACGGAGAUGUCAACCCGUAUGUCUUCAAGUAUGGCGAAGUCGUCGAAGUAGUCAUGAACAAUCUGCACAGUAACUUGCAUCCUAUGCAUCUUCACGGUCACCAGUUCCAGAUUAUUGAGAGGUCUGAUCCCAAAGCCGGCAAAUUUAGUGGUUCAUACUCCAAACUGCCAGCCAAGCCUAUCAGGAGAGACACAGUCAUGGUCCAGAAUGAGGGUUAUGCUGUGAUUAGAUUCAAAGCAGACAACCCAGGCAUCUGGCUCUUCCAUUGCCACAUCGAGCUCCAUGUUGAAGCCGGAUUUAGCGCAUCCUUCAUCGAAGCCCCAGAAGAGCUCGCUGCUAGUGGAUUUACCCUUCCAGGAGACCAUAUCAAUGCCUGCAAGACGUAUCCUAUGGACUACGUUGGUAACGCUGCUGGCAACGAUUACAAUGCCCUCAAUUUGACAGGCGCACCAGAUACAGUUCCAAAGAAUAACUGGGGUGCUAUAUAUCCGCCCACCGAGGACAGUGCUCACAGUUAG